AUGGCUGGAAUAGCAAUUUUAGUGGAUCUACUGAGAAAAAAUCCGUGCUUGAAUGGACAAACCCUUCACUCCUCUGGCCUAUUAUCAGCUACACUCGCUGCUUCCACUGCCGCUGCUUCUGUCGCUGCCGCCACCCCUUUUGCUUCCAGGACGGUGUUCGGUAACUUUGUGACACCAGUGGCUCACUGUGAUGCUGGGGCAGAACUAAAUGAAGAUUACAUCUCUAGCGUACGACAUGUGUCUGGAAAUAUCUUUCAGUAUGAUGCCCUGAAAUACAGUACGAAAGAGUACAAAAUCGAGCUAAAACCUUUCUUCUCAGCUUUUCAUUGGAAGUCCCUUACAUUGACAUCAUUGAGGUCUUUCCUGUUGUUUUAUUUGCCUCUGUUGGAGCCUCAUUCAAACUUGGAAGAGGAUGAUGAUGACUUCUUACAAGAUACUCCGGAAGAGCACCCUGUGGAUUUGGUUGUUCCUUUCAAAAAAUCAGUGAAGCAAAUUGUCAGGGAGACAACUGUUGUAACUACUAGAAGGGUUCUGGAGAGACUUGCCGUGCAUUAUAUUUCACACCGUAUGGCCUGGAAACUUCUCAAGGAUGUCCCCAAAUCAGCCACGCGAAAGGCGGAAAGGGGAAUGCCAAGUGUAGUUUAUUUCUUCAGUGUGACAAAAACAACUUUCAGAGGACAUUUUCUGGGAGUUUUGGCAUCUUGGCUUGUCCAAGUUGGCAUUGAUGUUUAUCGGUUCUUUUCUUGUUUGCUUCACUCUAAAGAAGAGAAUGAAGAGGUUGAUAAAGCGGAACAAAUUCGGCUUCUUGUGAAGAAAAUAUAUGGUACAACUGUCAGGUGCAGUGCGUCACUUGUUUUUGCUUCUAUUGGGGCAGGGAUAGGUGCAACACUUUUUCGUCCUUCAUCUGGUCAGUGGAUUGGAUGUGUGAUUGGCGAUUUGGCAGGUCCUGCUAUUGUUUCAUUUUGUUUUGAGAAA